AUGCUACACGCUACACGCUACACGCUACACACUACACACUACACACUAUACUCCCCCACAUCCCCCCCCCCACAAAUGUCAGGCUACUUUAGUAACUUCUCCCUGGACAAACUGGCAGACUCUCUCCAAUCGGCUGCCCAAAAAACUCAAGACACCCUGUCAAAUGCCAUCCAAAACGUCAACAUCGAUUGGAAUGAUCCCCAGACAAGAUUGACUCUACUGUCCAAACAACAUUACUUACAAGAAUCCAUCGGACAAAUCAAUGAAAUCAGCAAAUUACCUUCCCAGUACAAUGCGCUAGAGAGGAAAACCGACGCUUUGGAAAAAAUCAUCAAAAGAAUUCUAAUCGUAACAAACACUUUUGAAAUCGAAGGUUACGAUUAUCCUCCCAAUUUGUCGGAAUCCAUCUCCGAAUGGUGGUUAAACGAUCCUCUGGCCUUUCUUCGUGAUAAUGACAACACAAAUGACAAAAACAAAUCCAAUUCGAAUCCUCCCGAUACCAAAUCCAAAUCCGAUUCCGAUUCCGAAUCCUCCUUCUUACCAAGAUCUUUCCCCCAUGCCAUCUCAAAGGCUUCUUCUGAUAGUUCGGCCAUCUUAACAAACUUGAACAAUAAUGAAAAAUUGGAAUUCGCCAAGACAAAGACAGAAGACGAAGAAUAUGAAGACGAUGAAGAUAUUCAACUCUUGAUCAAAGUUUUCGAUUCUUGGUCUCUUUGUAACAAAAAUAUCGAUAAAUCAAAAUUCCAAAGAGAUCAAUUGAUUAUCAAGCAAUUUAAUAAAAAAUUGACUUCCUUAUUGGAUGUGGAGUUUAAAAAUGUUAAAGCGUUAAGAUUGAAAGUUCAAGAUGCAAGAUUGAAGUUUGAUACCAUGAGAUAUGAAAUUGCCAAAGCUGCAGAGGCGAAGGUGAGGGCAGAAGAGAAUGAUAAACCAGUUGAGAUGGAAAAGGGUGAGGGUGAGGACGAGGGUGAGGGUGAGGGCAAGGGCAAGGGCAAGGGCAAGGGUGAAACUGCUUCGACUUCGACUGAAACUGCUUCGACUUCGACUACCAAAGAUGCAGCUGCAACUAUUGAAUCUCAGAAAAAAGACUCGCCAAACCCCGAAUUUGAAAAAAAUGAUUCACAAAAUGAGGAUGAAAAAUUGUUAGAACAUUUAGAAGACGAAUUCGUCUCUCACACUUCUGCAGCCGUCGAAACAAUGGAGGAAAUUACAGAAUCAAGCAAGAUUUUGGAUUUGAUCAAAUUAUUUCAAAAUUUCCAAUUGUUACAUUACCAACAAUGUAUUAAAGAAGUCGAAACUAAUAUGAAAUUAUUAACUGAUUUAACUCAUGAAUAA